AUGACCAAAACUAUGUCUGCAAUGGAGUUGCGCCGGUAUUGGAUCAACGGCGAUGAAAUUGCCCUCAUCGAUGUUCGUGAAGAAGGUCCAUACGCAGAAGCCCAUCCUUUGUUUGCUUUAAGCGUACCGGUAUCUGAAAUUGAGAAGAAAUUACCUCCAUUGGUUCCUCGAUUGUCUGCCCCAAUUGUUGUCUACGAUAAUGGGGAAGGUUAUAUCGAUCGGGCGGCAACCCGAAUCUUAGCACUGGGAUAUCGCGAUGUUGCCAUGUUAGAAGGCGGGCUUUCUUCAUAUUCCCUGGUUGGUGAGGUCUAUCGAGAUGUUAACGUGCCGUCGAAAGCAUUCGGUGAGCUGGUUGAAUCUAUCAAUCACACGCCAUCGCUGUCAGCACGUGAAGUCAAGAAUAUAUUGGAGAGCGACAUCGAUGUGGCCAUAUUGGAUGCCCGAUGUUUCGAGGAGUAUAACACGAUGAGUAUUCCCCAAGGCCGCAGCUGCCCCGGAGGAGAGCUGCUAUAUCGCGUACUUGAGGCUGUACCCUCUCCAGAGACAACAAUUGUUGUGAACUGUGCUGGUCGAACACGGAGUAUCGUUGGAACACAGUCCUUGAUCAACUCUCGAAUUCCUAACAAAGUGGUCGCACUUCGAAACGGAACCAUCGGCUGGACAUUGGAGGGCCUUGAGCUUGACACCAAAAAGACUGAGCGGGCUCCACAGCCUUCGCUGGGGGCAUCGCAAAAGGCACGAGAAUAUGCUGCAUCCUGGGCCGAGUAUGUUGGAGUGCCUAUGAUUGAAAUCGACCAGCUUGGUCAAUUCAUCGAAGAGUCGAAGGAUCGGGCUCUCUAUCUGCUGGAUGUGCGAGACCCGGAAGAGUAUGCUCUUGAUCACCCCGUCGGUUUCACAAAUGCCCCCGGAGGCCAACUGGUACAAGCAACCGACGAAUGGGUCGGUGUUCGAGGGGCUCGCAUUGUCUUAUACGACACCGAUGGUGUGAGAGCCCGGAUGACAGCCAGCUGGCUCGUACAGCUCGGAUGGGAGGUCUAUGUUCUUCGAGAAUUAUCCGUGGUACCUGAAAGUCUCCCCGUGCCCAAAAGCCUUUCGUGGCAUUACCCGAAAACCGGUGCGAUUGCGAUCGACAAACUUCGGACGCUCACAGGGGCGACCAUUGUCGAUCUUGCCCGCAGUCCAUCCUAUCGCAAAGGCCAUAUUCCUGGUGCAUGCUUUGCAUCUGGACCCGAGCUCGCCCGGGACUUGAGGACAGUUAGUGGUGACGGCCCUAUCGUGUUGACCUCGCCUGAUGGUGAAAUUGCUGCCAUGAAUCUUGAAUAUGUGCAAGGUUCAGUUUCCCGACAAAUCCUUUACCUGGUGGGAGGGACAGCAGCCUGGGUGGCAGCCGGCGAACCCCUCGAGACUGAACCUCGGUGGCUUUCUCAGCCAAUCGAUGUUUACAAGAGGCCAUACGAGGGCACGAGUAAUGCUCGCAAAGACAUGCAGGGCUAUCUCGACUGGGAAUAUGGGCUUGUCGCGCAACUAGCAAAUGAUGGGGUUAGCCGUUUCCAUGUUGUACGUGACCGGCGUGGGGAGUUUAUCUAG